AUGGGAACAUUUCAUGCGACACAAUCUGCUGCAUUCCGCAGAAUGAACGAAGAAGAACGGAGAGGGCACCUUAAUAUUAAUUUAAUAGCAAACAGGAUCCUUAAAGCCCCAAGUGAUCUUCAUCAGCUAGAGUCUGUGAACAUGGUAAGCGAGAAACCGGAACCAGUGCUUUCCAAUGUCGUGAAGGAGUCCUGGUAUGCCCCUGACAGACAACUGAUAGAUGACGCAUCCAAAGUAGAUUUGGCAUGGAUUUUAUCCCGAAUGGCGCAACAGCGACCUGAAGUACAAACUAUUCCUGGAUGGACUGGUUUCAAUCAGGCACUGUCAAAGAGUGAUGAAAAACCAACUGUUGUUGGCCCACUUCCAAUUGUAAAUGCCCCAGCACAUGAAUUUGAGACUCUCUGGACAGUCAUAUUGAAAUGUCAGGCGAUGACACACUUACGGCACGGACUUUACAGCGUUAUCACUCUGGACGAAGCCCUUUAUUGUAAAGCAAAGAUGCUCCAGUGGUCAAAAUCUACUGAAUGCAAGAAUUUGGUCAUCAUGUUAGGAGGUUUCCACGCUCAAAUGACCUUCUCGAAAGUCAUAUCACUUAGUGAUAUCUGGGAAGAAAGUGGCGUUUUUGGCGAGACAACAGCGGAUAAUAUGCUGAAAGGAAAGAUUUGGAACUGUGUGAUACGCGCUCACAAGUUGACUUUCGAAGCCCUCUGGAGAGUGUUGUGGCCUCCGUUUGAAACCUGGUGUGAUGAAAAUAGCAAAGAUGCUAAUAGUUAUUCACAGCAACCGGCGAAACGACUGGCGGAAGAGUUUUUCUCUCAAGAUGAUGAAUCAAAGCAACUGGCUAAUAUCUCGGUUUUGGAAAACUUUACUAACAUUCCGGAAUUCUUUGAAGAAUUUGAUGCAUGGCACAAGGAUGAUGCGACAUUUUGCUUUUGGAGAACCUAUAUGCGACUGGUCUCCAUUCUACUCCGAUUCACGAGGGCGAUACGAGAAGGUAAUUGGGAUCUCUUUCUGUCGACAUUUUCUGAAAUGCUUCCCAGGUUUGCUGCAUUUGACCACGUGAACUAUUUCAGAUGGGAUACAGUCUUCCUUGCCGAUAUGAAGAUGUUACAACAAACCGCUCCCGAAGUGUAUCAGGGAUUCCAUGAAGGAGAUUUCGUUACCAAGGAGACUACGAAUGAAUUCAAUCAGAUCCCAGACGACCAAGCUCUGGAGCAUGUAAAUCGAGCUGGAAAAGUAGCUGGAGGCUUAGUUGGCAUAACAAGAUCAGACGCUGCACGAGAUCGCUGGUGCAUCACAUGCAACGAGAGAGCACAGCUUUCCGAAGAUAUCAAAGCCAUGUUUAAUGUCAUGAGGACGGAUGGAAGUGAUCACAAAGACACUGGUCGCAACAGGAUCAAACGCGAUGAAGAGGAUGUAGUUGAGCUGGUUGCACAAUUUGAGCGUUAUGACGUGUUUCGACAAACAACUGACCUGGUAGCUGUUACAACCGGUGAUGUAGCUUCAAAUGCUAUCAGGAACGAUCUGUUGCAGGCAAAAGAACGAGGAGAAGCGGCUGUUAAAACCUGA